GCCACCGCCCCUCCAGUUCAUGAGUUCAUUUCAUGUUGCUAUUCCGCCUCGACCUCGUCGAAAUCUCAAAUCAAAUCAAACCAAUCAACAAUUAAGUCUCGGCGAGCGGACUUCUUUGCGAGGCAAGAAGGUUUGCGUGAUUCUGGUUAAAUUUAUCUCAAUCAAGGAAUCUGCUGUGUGUCUCCGGUUUUCACAAUGUUCCGCUCUUCAAUGAUGGCACCACAAAUGUCUGCACAAGAAGAACAGGAAAAGAUGCUUGAUGAAGCAUUGGGCAUCGUGAAAACACAAGCAUUUCAAAUGAAACGCUCCCUCGACGGUGGAAAACUAAUGGACGGAUUAAAAAAUGCAUCAACUAUGCUUGGAGAGCUCCGAACGUCCUUGUUGUCACCAAAAAGUUACUAUGAACUAUACAUGGCAAUCACUGAUGAGCUACGGCACCUUGAGCUCCACCUUUAUGAUGAGUUCCAGAAAGGUCGUAAAGUUACUGAUCUGUAUGAACUAGUUCAAUACGCAGGGAACAUUGUUCCUCGAUUGUAUCUUCUGAUCACAGUUGGUUUGGUCUACAUCAAAACUAACUCUUGUUUGAAGCGUGAUCUUCUUCGUGAUUUAGUUGAAAUGUGUCGCGGAGUACAACAUCCACUACGAGGACUGUUCCUACGUAACUAUCUUCUUCAAGUUACUAGGAACAUCCUACCUGACAAUCCUGAAGACAAUGCUGAAGAGUCUGAAGGCACGGUUCGAGAUGCUGUUGACUUUGUACUGAUGAAUUUUGCGGAAAUGAACAAGCUUUGGGUAAGAAUGCAGCAUCAGGGUCAUUCACGUGAUAAGGAACGAAGAGAGAGGGAGAGAGAAGAACUUAAAAUUUUAGUUGGGACUAAUUUGGUGAGAUUGUCUCAGCUUGAGAAUGUAAAUUUAGAACUGUAUAAGAAGCUUGUGCUGCCUGGAAUCCUAGAACAGGUUGUGAGUUGUAGAGAUGCUAUUGCUCAAGAAUAUCUUAUGGAAUGUAUUAUUCAGGUUUUCCCAGAUGAAUUCCACCUGCAAACACUUAAUGCCUUUUUAGAGUCCUGUGCACAGUUGCAGCCUGGUGUGAAUGUCAAGAAUGUCAUCAUAUCACUAGUUGACAGAUUGGCAACAUUUUCACAGCGCAAUGAGUCAUCAGGUGGAAUUCCUAAUGAUGUCAAGUUAUUUGAUAUUUUCUCUGAACAAGUGGCUUCUGUUAUUCAAUCUCGUCAAGAUAUGCCACCCGAGGACAUGGUCUCCUUAGAGGUUUCUUUGGUAAAUCUUGCCCACAAGUGCUAUGCAGAUAGGGUUGACUAUGUUGAUAAAGUCUUGGGUAGUACACUAAAUAUAUUUGAGAAACUCAAUGUUGAAAGAGUCAGCUAUGAGAGUGCAGUCUCCCGAGAGUUAAUGCGGCUAAUGAAAAUUCCUUUGGACCAAUAUAAUAACAUAUUGACAGUGCUGAAGCUCCAACAGUAUGCACCUCUUCUCGAAUACUUUGACUAUAGAGGGCGCAAGUCUCUAGCAGCUUAUGUCAUUACUAAUAUCCUUGAAAAUGACACACUUAUCCCAACCCCAGAGCAGGUUGACACAGUUUUAACAAUGGUUGCUUCGCUUAUUGCUGAUCAACCAGACCAACCUCAUGAGGAGGAGGAUCCAGAAGACUUUGCAGAAGAACAAGGACUUGUAGGCAGAUUGAUUCACCAUCUCAAAUCUGAUGUUCCUGACCAGCAAUACCUUAUCCUUAGUGCUGCAAGGAAACAUCUUGGUGCAGGUGGAAAUAGGAGAAUCAAGUUCACUCUCCCUCCAAUAGUUUUCCAAGCAUACCAACUUGCAUAUAAAUAUAAGGCACUGAAAGAUCAGGAUGACAUGUGGGAAAAAAAGUGCCAGAAAAUCUUCAAGUUUUGUCAUCAAACUAUAACUGCCUUAAUGAAAGCAGAGUUAGCUGAAUUGCCACUUCGACUCUUUCUUCAAGGUGCAUUAGCUGUUGGAAGGAUACAGUUUGAAGAUUAUGAAACAGUUGCCUACGAGUUCAUUUCACAAGCAUUUUCUAUAUACGAGGAUGAAAUCUCUGAUAGUAAAGCACAGCUUGCGGCCAUGACGUUGAUGGUUGGCACAUUUGAACAAUUAGCUUGUCUGAGUGAAGAAAAUGCAGAACCAGUUCGUACUCAAUGUACUCUAGCAGCUUCUAAACUCCUCAAAAAGCCCGACCAGUGUCGUGGUGUAGCCACAUGUUGUCAUCUAUUUUGGUCUGGGAAAACAAUUGCAGGAGAGGAGAGACAUGAUGGAAAACGCGUCCUUGACUGCCUUAAGAAAGGUGUACGUAUUGCAAACCAAUGCAUGGAUUCAUCAGUCCAAGUGCAACUUUUCGUUGAGCUUCUCAACCAUUAUUUGUACUUUUACGAGAAAGGAAAUGAUCAGGUCACAGUUCAAAUGUUGAAUCAUCUUAUUAGUAAAAUUCAUGAAGAGCUACCUAAUUUAGAAACAAAUGAAGAAACAGAGCAAAUCAGUAAACAUUUUAGUAACACUGUAGAACACCUUCGCAAUAGAAUGGAGUCACCUGAAGCUGAUGGUGUAAGUUAUGAAGGACUUGUUCUUUAAGAUAAGGUUACUUAUCCUGUAUGUUCUAUAAUUGUAAGAAAGUGUCAGAUUGGUUUUGUAGAAACAUAUAAUCUCAUCUUUUAAGAAAGGGAUCUGAAGUUCCUCCUUCAUUUGCUCCAAUUCGUAUUCCUUCACAGGGUUUUCCAGAUACUGUUUUGUGUUUAAACCUGUUUAUGUAUUCUAUGUAAAAACAUGUGGACUGUGUGUGUCUUCUAGAGAUGCCAUUCCUGUUCACAUUUUUCAUCAUACCUCUUUAAGGUACUAUUCUGGGAUGACGGAAAUGUAAUGUUUCAUUUGUUAAAGAGAUCCAUGUUAAGUUGUUUUAACUGAAUCAUAGCACCUUGGUGCAGCAAAUGUUUAAAUUGUAAACUUCAUUUGUUAUGCCAUUUAUAUGAAUUCUGAGUAUUUAUUAAUACUGAAGCUUUUACCCUCAGUCCAGCAUUUUCAAAAUAUUCAGAUUAAUUUUUGGUAAUAACCUAAAGAAAUUUUUAAUUUUAAGGGGCUUAACAACUCACCAUAUUGACUGUGAUGACUCCAUAGAUAAGCAAAGUAAGAAUUUGUUUGCUCUUAAUGAAAGAAACCAGCCUUUUCACGGCUUUCUUUUAUAACGUUUCUUGCAUGUUGGGCUUGCAUCCAAAUUUGACUUCUGAAAUGUUCGUUCUCUUGUUACAGUACUUUUAAUUUUAAUUGUAGAUAUAUUUUCCGUUUUCUCAUAAAUGAAACAAUUUUAGAUUAAUAUUCCAAUAACAUGUUUUUGUUUGGUUGCAAGCUCAAAAAAUUAUAAGGAAUGAGAGCAUACUCUCACAAUGAGAGAUUUGAUAUUUUUGAGAAUUUUGUAUCAUUUUUAUGAAUGAUUGUAUCAAAACAAAUUUUAAUCAAUUUCAUUCUAUGUAUCUAAUUUAAGGUAAAGUGUUCUGCUGGUCAGUAAGCCUCUUACCCGACCUGUUCUAUCAAUUAUACAUUUAUCUUUGUUUGUUAACUCUUUGCAAGUUAAAAUUUAAAAGGGAUUUUUUAAAUAUAAAACUGGUGUCCCCUUUUUGAUUUUUCAAAAUGUAUUAAUGUACUGUAUAUACCUGAUGGUAUAAUUGGAACUGUUGUUAUUGUAUACUAUGUGUACUGUAAUGAACUUCCUUGUCUGUUGAUCAUAGUUGAAGCUGUUGGUCCAGAAAUAUUACUUCCAUUUCUGGCGAUCAACAGCUGCACUAGUUAUUUACUCAUAAGUCCAAUGAUGUGAAAUGAAUAAAUUUAUUGUAUGAUAUUA